UUAGGAUUUCAUUUUCAUUUAUGGAAAUUACUGAGGAUUUUUACCAGCAAUGAAGACUUGCCAAAUUCAAGAGAUUGAUUCAGAAGUCCUUAACCAGAAAGGACUCGGGUGAUUUGGAGAUGAAUUCAUUCAUAUUCCAGUUGAUGACUCUGAUGUAAAGAAAGGAACUCUUCCUCAAGAUCACCAAGAAGAACCAGAUUCUGACAAGGAUUCGGACAUGAGUGAUGGGGAGGAAGCUAUCCAUGGAGACAGAAGGAAAAAUAUAGAAACAAUUAUAAGCUACAUGGUCGACAAGGAUGAUGCUCCUUGGAUACAACAAGAGCAUAAACCUCUUGAUCCAUUUGUCCGAUUUCAUAAUGAAAUCAUUGAUUAUUACAAAUAUUAUGGCCCUACAGAAGAAAGAGAUCAAUUAGGUAGAGAAUUUUUUGAAAAAGUGUAUGAUCUUAUCAAAAAAUAUAACAAGAAAUUUGCUAUUGAGAUCUACGGGUCAUGGGCUCUUGGAUAUUACUCAAUAUUAUCGAAAAUGGAUGUUACAGUCCUCCUGCCAGAAAACCCUAAUAGGAAGAAGAAUGCAAUCAACCAGCAUCUGAUCGAUGUUAAAGGAGAAGAAGAUAAGUAUAUCAAAGAGCAAAUCGCCAAUAUUUAUGAAUUCCUCAUCGAAUCUAACAUUUUUGAAGAAAUUGAAUUGAAGAACGUAGAAACUUAUCCCAAACUGAAGAUCACUGAUAAAAAGUCUAAACUUGUGAUGGAAAUUGUGUUUAACCAGUGUAAAGUCAUAGAGACCAAAUAUCAGAUAAAGAAGUUCAUAGUGUAUUUCCCAGGAGCCAAGUUUCUCAUGCUCAUACUUAAGGAACUCUUAAGGUCAAGAGAUCUGCACAAGCUCGAGACAGGAGGUUUGCCUCAAUAUUAUCUCUUGCUACUGAUUAUAAAUUAUUUCCAGGAUGUGUUCAAAGAGCCAGGCAAUGAAGAAAUGCUUCUUUCCGAUCAUUUAUUGAAUUUUCUCGAUCUUUAUGGAAACAAGUUUAACUACAAGCUUUUAGGAAUUUCCUUAAGAGCAGGAGGAUGUUACUUUCCUAGGGAAGAUAAGGGCUGGACAGAUCCUCCAGAAGAAAGCCCAUUCCAUGUUGCCCUAGCUUUAGAAGAUCCAAUGAACCCUGUUGAAAACCUUGGUGCAAAAGUAACAAAUAUGAAGCAAGUCCAAAUUUGUUUUGCAUAUGCAUAUGAAGCUAUAAGAUGGAAUUCAGGUAAAAGAGAUAGCUUCUUAAAAUGAUUCUUAUUGAAAAAUCCUUCAAAGUAA